AUGGGCAAAGCUGAACAAAUCGCAGAGGAAGAUCUGGAGGAAGUCCCGGAAGAGGAACUUGAAGAGGAGGCCGCCGAAGAGAAAGUCGAUACAGAGUUAGCGGUGAAAGACAACACAGAGCCAAGCGCAAAGUCCGGAGAAGAGAAAAGGACAUGGAGAACCGUUAUCCCCAGAUAUUGGCAUCCAGACUUGCCCAAUAAAACCACCGUGGGCUUUCCAAAUGGCGGAGUUGACUGUUAUCGAAAUGCCGUCUUCCAAAUGAUUCUACAUAUGCCGAUUUUCUACAAUUGGCUCACCUGGUACAAGAAGCACCAUGCCCCUAAGGGUCAUGUUUGCAAUCUGGGCUUAUACGAAGAAGGUCCCAGCCAAUGCCAAGUUUGUCAACUGACUGAGAUCUCUCAAGGCUACUGGGCAGGUGAAUCUGAAAGUUGGAAGCCUACCUUUAAGGCCCUAACACAGUCGCUCUUGAAUGGUUGGAAACCAGCUGGGGUAGAUUCGGAACAAGACCCGGCAGAGUACUUUGAUGUACUUUACAGCGCGAUCAAAGAGAGCACCAAGCCUAUGAUGCGCGGAGACUUGGAAGAUAUGUUGGAGGUCGAAAUCAUCAUGGCAACGCGGUGCGCUGGAAAGAACCCUUGUGACCCAAGAUACAUAUCAAACCAGCAACGGUUCAUGAUGAUCAGCUUAUCCGGGGAGGAGGGCGAUAUACUCCCCGAGAAGCCUACUUUGAGCGAUGUAAUUGAACAGCACUUUGGCCAUGAGGACGAUUUCGGUACGUGUCCGCAGUGUGGAGGCAAAAAGACAUCCAGAGACCAAAUUGGAAGUUUUCCCGAGCUUCUCUUGGUCCAGCUCAACCGCACCGAUAAGACGGGCAAGAAGAUCGACACUCACGUAUAUCUGAGCGAGCAGUUAAAUAUUGAGACACGGUUCAUAGAUGAACGCUGGGGCAACGAACGGAAAGUCGUCCAGUAUAAACUGACCUCGGUGGUCUUGCAUCAUGGGCGGGAUGUAACACGAGGUCAUUACAGCAUUGGUGUGAAAGGUAAAGGAGAUGAAUGGAGCAAGGCAAAUGAUCGUCAAAUCUUGGACUGGGACCCCGAAGGGCCCGGAGGCAACCCGGUCCAUCUCGCCACCGGUUAUCUCUUUACAUACCGCCGGUUGCCCACGAAUGACCAAGGACAAACAGGCCCAGGGGUACAGACAGCCGCAGAGAGAACCCCACAGUUCGAUGCCAUGGAAAUUGACUCCGGCCCAGCGUUGGACGACGGGGGUGUGUUCGCGGAUUUUGACUCCGCACUAUUGUCCUCGGCGCCUGAGGACUCUGUCCCAGAAUCAGGCGCCAAUGUCUUGGGAGAUGAUCCUAACACACUAGGGAAGUUACUGGAUGCGAUCAUCCCCAAGGUUGUCGAUAGCUAUAUAGCUCGUUCAGCGGGUGCCAGGCGCAAGGAGUGGGAGAAAUGGGCGAAUGAAUGGGAGAAGAAGAGGGAAACAAUCAGAGGAGCAAGGACUUCUGCGAUUAGUUCUGAUAUUGGCACCAGUUCCAAUCAGGAUAUAGUCGACUGGGUUAAGCAACGAGGACGACUUGAAAUAACUUUGACUGAAGAUGGGGGGAAAGGGUCAAAGGUGUUGGAUCUCGAAGUUCAAGGGCUGCACUACAAUCGACUGAAGAGGAAGAAGGGAGAGAGGGAGGAAGAAGCCGACAAGGGAAAAGAUACGACAUAUAGCAGAUUUAAGAAAAAGGUGCUGGGCAAAGCGAGGGACUAUGAAAAAGGAGACAAGGGGAAGGCGAAGGGGAAGGCGAAGGGGAAGGGGAAGAAGUAG